GACCGAUCCCACAAACCGAGAGAUCGUUGACCUACGGCAAGCCCGUAAGGACAAACCGCGAAAUAAAAACUCAAAUCCUAUGGAUUGCUGCUGUUAUAUUUAACAUUUUAAUAUUUUGAAAUAAUGGAUAAAGUAACUUCCCCUUACGCGUAGCUCAUUUUAUUCUUAUGGAUUCUUCGAUGUAAAAAAAAAGAAAUACUCGAUUUAUCAAACCAUUAUAAGCGAUCUACUCCGCCAGACUCGAUUGGUGAAGUCUGCAAGGUCCCAGGUGAAGAAGGGACGGAUGCGGAACUAAACAACCAAACUUUUUGGUGUUUACGCGAAUGUGAUAAGGAUUGUACGAGCUGUUGUUAUGUUAUUCAGGUCACUAGUAGGGAGUGCCUGCACUCUGCUCGGAGCUGCGACAGCCUUCAAAUUUGCACCUGUCGAAAUCCAGGCCCAAGCAGCUGUCCUCCUUCACAGCGCAGUGAGGAAAUCUUCUCUGGUGGAACAAUCAAACAUGAGGGUUGAACUCCUGCCUGCACUCACUGACAACUACAUGUACCUGCUGAUCGAUGUGGACACCAGGGAAGCAGCUAUCGUUGACCCCGUGGAGCCAAUAAAGGUUGUGGAAGCUGUGAGGAAGCAUGGCGUAAAACUCACCACAGUUUUGACCACUCACCACCACUGGGAUCAUGCAGGUGGAAAUGAGAAGAUGUUAAAGCUAAUGCCCGGACUGAGGGUCUACGGAGGAGAUGACAGAGUUGAUGCCAUUACAAAAAAAGUCUCCCACUCCAACAAUUUGAAAGUUGGAUCACUCAAUAUCAAAUGCCUGUUUACACCAUGUCACACAACUGGUCACAUCUGUUACUACGUGACAAAGGAUAAAAGCACUGAGCCGCCAGCUGUUUUCACAGGGGACACACUGUUUGUGGCUGGUUGUGGUAAAUUCUUUGAGGGUACAGCAGAGCAGAUGCACAAAGCCUUGAUAGACAUUCUGGGAGGCCUGCCCCCUGAAACGCGUGUUUACUGCGGGCACGAGUACACUGUCAGCAACCUGAAGUUUGCACGUCACGUGGAACCAGACAACGAAGACAUUCAGAAUAAGCUGGCAUGUGCAAAGGAGAAAUGCAGCAAUGGAGAACCGACCAUUCCAUCGACUUUGGCAGAGGAAUUCACAUUUAACCCCUUUAUGAGAGUCAAAGAGAAAUCCGUGCAAGACCACGUGAAGCAGACGUCCUCCAUUGAAACCAUGAGAAGUCUCCGGAAAGAAAAAGAUGGCUUCCGGGUGCCCAAGGAGUGAUUUCCAGUGCAUUCUUCCCUUUUUAACUGCUUACAACUCUCACAAUGGUGUAAUACAAAAUAUAUCUGGAUUGCAUCUUCAAAGCCGCUUUAGAUACAUCUUCUAUGUUCACUUUAAGUCGUGGCAUAAUUCUUUUUCCCAGUAUGAUCAGAUUUAAACUCGUUUUAAUGUUUGAUCUUGGUGGCGAUAGUUUCUGGGAAUGUAACUAAAUGCUUUAAAUGAGAAAUAAAUCUGUUAAUCUGAGUUUUAGAGUUUGAGAAUUAGUUUGUAAUAUACAAUGAAAAAAUUUCACAAUUCCAAUACGUUAUCAUGAAAGGAAAUGGCUUGAUUAACAAAUGUAAUUAUAUGUAAAGAAAUCUGUAAAUUGAUAAAUUAUUUGAAAAACCUCGUUGAUGAUUGUUCCGGCUUGAUUAAAAUGUCUUGACACGUUGGUGUGGUGAUCUCGCUGGACAUGGACAAAACAAUCCUAUCCUUGAAAUCUUGAUGACGUAAUCAUCUCUUUUCAUUUUAAAGUUUUUAAUUAGCUUUAAAUGUUGUAAUUUGAAUACAAUAAUUCAUUAAUAUAAUUUUGAUUUGGUGCUUUAAGUACUCCAUGUGUAAUCUGUCAGUUUAAAUGAAUGGCUCAUUGAUGUAAUAGUGCUUUAGAAAUACUUCUAAUACGUCUAAAUAUAUAUAAUAUAUAUAGUU